AGACAGUCUACCGAACCUAACGUUACCGAGUGGAUGCUUUCGAAGCGGUGCGCCUCCAACCGAGUGCAUAGUUCUGUGAUCUGCGCAAGAAGAGCGAUCACGCGUGCGUGUGUGAGCAUAAAUCGGUUUCUAAUAUUUACAUACUAGCGUGCGUGCUUCAUUGAUUGGCUGUUAAGCGUGGAUUAAUAUCUUAGAGGCUGGUUCCGUUUUCAGUGCACCGUGGAUCCGUCGUGGAAUCCAACUCAGGGUUUGGGUGUUUGGAUAUUUCCGGCGUGCCGCGCUUGAGUGGGCGAACGAAGCACAGAGAUAAUAGAAUUGUCUGAAUACGUUUUCUGCGGCAGCGAAAACGCGAUUUACCAUGACAUGAGAAAUCUACACCAGCCAGUGAGAAUAUGGUGUGCAGAGCGGGUUGUUGUGCAUAGUUCAAUCGACUAACAGUUAAUUAACUGUUGUAGGAAGAGAGUGAUUAUCAGUGGAGGAAAAGAAGAUGUGCUUUUGGCGCUAGUUUGACGUGUGAUAAGUUGGAUUGAGGGACGGGACGAGGUCUUGUGAAAGAAGAUACCUAAACCGAAGAGUGAUUCAUGUGAAAUACUUGCUGAAGGCAUUCGACUUCAUUCAGGUGUGACCUUUGGGUGGUGUUUUUGUGCAUAGUUUCUUCCGUCAUGCAUUGUUAAGGUGGAGAUCAAGCGAUGGUUUACCAGAAGACCUCCGGGCCCGUAGAGUGUGAAUGACAGUGAAACUGUGAGAAAAGUAACAUAAACACCCAACGAAACUGAAGAGACGUGGAAGGGAACCACAGAUUCGAAGAAGUAGAAGAAAGUGGCGAAGAUCAUAAUUUCCUCACGACGACGACAACGGAGAUAGCAGAUAAUUUGGCACUGGAAGGCAGCAGCAAACUAUUCGUUUUAUUGUUUUGGAUAUUUUAACGUGAACGAAAAUCAUUGACUUGCAGAGUAUCGCAGUUGGAACGGAGUCGGUGUCGAAUACAAAUCCACAAAAGACCGUGUGACAGUGCGUGCAGUUUUGCGUCGUUGACUUGGUUUCCAGCAGUCAACCAGCAACGGUACGGCACUUGGCUUCGUGCAAGAGCAUGACUCAUUCGGAACUAGGCUCGAGUUCGUUGCAGCUGGAACCGGUUUCAAUGGGUACGGAUUAAGGUGCAUUGGGGGAGCGCGAAAAGCCAUAGACUGCAACGGAGACUAGGAAGCGCCAAAGGUCGUCGAGACCCUUGGUUGAAGGAAUAUGGCCUAUAAUGGACUGUCGCAGCAUGUGGAUUUCCUGAGACUGUCCAAUCCGACCGAACGGUUCGAGCUGCUGGAUCUGAUCGGCGAGGGAACGUACGGCGAGGUCUACAGUGCCAAGGACAAACACACCGGCCGCAAGUAUGCCGUUAAGAUCCUGGAGAGCAUUGCCGACAACAUCGAGGAAAUCGAGGAGGAGUACCUCGUGCUGCGGGACCUGUCCAAGCAUCCCAACAUUCCGGACUUUGCCGGGCUAUUCCUGAAACGUGGUGCCACCGUAGAAGAUGAUCAGCUUUGGUUCGUGCUGGAGCUAUGCACCGGUGGUUCGGUUACGGAUCUGGUCCAAGGUCUACGCAACCGUGGAUCCCGGCUGACCAACAAUCAGAUUGCGUACAUUUUGCGUGAGACUGUGCACGCGUUGGUAUUUCUUCACGAGAACCAUUGCAUGCACCGGGACAUCAAAGGCCACAAUAUCCUACUGACGGAAAAUGGACACGUCAAGCUGGUGGAUUUCGGCGUUAGCUCGCACCUGGCAGCCACCAUGGCCCGGAGGAAUACCAGCGUUGGAACGCCCUACUGGAUGGCACCGGAGGUAAUCGCUUGCGAACAGCAGUUGGAUCAGUCGUAUGAUUCCAGGUGUGACGUGUGGUCUAUCGGGAUCACGGCAAUCGAACUGGCAGAAGGUGAUCCUCCGCUCUGCGAAUUGCAUCCGAUGCGAGCUUUAUUCCAAAUUCCAAGGAAUCCUCCUCCGAGACUUACCCACCCAGAAAACUAUUCCGCCAUGUUGUCGGACUUCAUAUCCGAAUGUUUAGUUAAGGAUCUAGAGCAAAGGCCAUUCUCGAAGGAAUUGAUCACGCAUCCAUUUUUGAAAAACGUGGGACCACAUGUCGAUCAAGUACGGUAUGAGUUGAAAACCGAAAUACAGAAACAGCGAUCGGAUGGUAGAGCUCCCCGUCAAGCGGAAGCCACUACCAAAUAUGGCAAACUCAAGUCGGACAGGAAAUCCAAACCGCAGAAAAUGUACAUAGAUGACUUGGCGGCGCUGGAUGUCCUAACGGAAGACACCAUUGUCGAACAGCUGCAAAAGCGAUUUGAGAACAAUCAAAUCUAUACAUAUAUUGGCGACAUCCUCGUGGCAGUGAACCCUUUCUCCAAACUGGGACUCUACACCACCUUCCAUCAAAAGAAGUACAGUGGCAAGACCAGAUCGGACAAUCCUCCGCACAUCUUCGCCGUUGCGGACGCAGCUCAUCAAGCAUUGGUCCACCAAAAGCAAAAUCAGGCCAUCGUCAUCUCCGGCGAAAGUGGUUCCGGUAAAACGGAAAGCGCCAACCUUCUACUGAAACAGUUGGUGUUUCUCGGGAAAGCAGUUACCAGAAAUCUCGAAGAACGCAUCCUUCAAGUCAAUCCAAUCAUGGAAGCUUUCGGCAAUGCCCGAACCGGUAUCAAUUCAAACAGUUCCAGAUUCGGGAAAUACCUAGAACUAACCAUGGCUCGCAGUGGGAAAGUGAACGGAGCUCGCAUUUUCGUUUACCUUCUGGAACAGAGUCGAGUUGUCAAGCAAGCGGAAGCGGAAGGCAACUUUCACAUCUUCUACUACAUGUACGAUGGUCUUCAGGCGGAGAAGCGUCUGGAGGAAUACUACCUUCACCCGUCGUACAGAAAAACCCACCGUUACCUACAGGAAACAGCGACGUUACCUAAAACCAACGUUGAACGUUGGAAGCAACUGUUGGCAAGCUUCAAAGUGCUCGGAUUCCGGGACGAUGAAGUGGACAUGGUCAAUCGAGUGCUGGCAGCGAUCCUUAACCUAGGAGACAUGGAAUUCGGCGAAAUGGACUCCAACGACAACACCGAUAGUAAAGCUAGGGUAAUCGAUGUAGCGCCGAUGCAUCGAGUUUCGAAGCUUCUGGGCGUGGAGUCGGCUGAUUUGCUGGAAGCGCUGACGUCCAAUUCGGUGGUAACGAGAGGGGAGACCAUUACCAGGCAUAACAACGUGGCGGAAGCGUGCACGGCCAGGGACGCUAUGGCGAAAGGGUUGUAUGGGCGUUUGUUCGAUUGGAUGGUCAAUCAGAUCAAUUCGCUGCUAGUCCAUAAUAAACCGAAUAACAAUCCCGAACAGUUGGCAGUUGGAUUGUUGGACAUUUUUGGAUUUGAGAAUUUCAACAAGAAUUCAUUUGAGCAACUCUGCAUCAACAUCGCCAACGAACAAAUCCAGUAUUACUUUAAUCAGCACAUCUUUACGUGGGAACAACAGGAAUACAUGGCCGAAGGAAUUCCUGUCGAUUUAGUGGAGUUCGCGGAUAACCGUCCUGUACUGGAUAUGCUCCUUAGCCGACCACUAGGGCUGCUGGCUCUUCUCGAUGAGGAAUCCCGUUUCCCGCGAUCGAACGAUCGGUCUCUAAUCGAAAAAUUCCACAACAACAUCAAGUCCAAGUUCUACCAGCGACCCAAAUCGGACGCCGUGUGCUUCGCUAUUCACCAUUUUGCAGGUCGCGUCGUCUAUCAGGCGGACGGCUUCCUGGAGAAGAACCGAAACUUCCUUCCGGCGGAAAUCAUCCAACUGAUCCGCCAGAGCCAGUACGACAUGAUUCGGUUCCUGUUCCAGUGCCCCAUUACCAAAACGGGCAAUCUGUACUCGGCCAUCCAGGACACCGGAUCGCGCCAGAAUGUGUCCAACUUUAUCAAAGUUGAUACGAAGGAAAAGUUCAACUCCCGCGGACUAGCAUCGCAAUCGAGAGCUCAGCAAACGGUGGCCACCUACUUCCGGUACUCGCUGAUGGAUCUGCUGCAGAAGAUGGUCACCGGUACACCGCAGUUUAUCCGGUGCAUCAAGCCGAACGACAUGAAGGCUGCGAAGAGCUUCGAACCGGUCAAGGUGCUGAAACAGCUACGCUAUACCGGCGUUCUGGAAACCAUUCGGAUCCGUCAGCAUGGAUUCAGCCAUCGGCUGGCGUUCGCUGAGUUCCUGAAGAGAUACCACUUCCUCGGCUACGGAUUCGAGGAACGCGUCGUCGCAAGCCGAGAAUCGUGUCGUUUACUUUUAGUGCGUCUAAAAAUGGAUGGAUGGGCACUCGGAAAGUCCAAGGUAUUCCUUAAGUAUUACCACUUUGAGUAUUUGUCCAAACUGUACGAAGAGCACGUCCGAAAAAUCAUUCUGGUGCAAGCCUGUGUUCGCCGUUGGCUAGCCAAGGCGUUCAUCAAGCGGGAGAAACAAAUGGCAGCGCAACGAGUGGCGCGCAGUGCUGUUACAUUACAGAAGCAUGUCCGAGGCUGGCUGACCCGUCGCCGUAUGAACAAACUGCUUAGGGAGAAACAGGAGAAGGAACGGAUUGAGCGGGAGCGAUUGGAAAAAGAGCGGGAGCGACUCGAAAAAGAGCGAGAACGACUGGAGAAAGAGCGGCAGGCUAGAGAGAAGAAGAAUAAUGAACAAAACAAAGCCAAACAGGCAUUCGCCAGGGCUAAGCUGAUCCACCAAAUGUCGAACAGUGAGCUCAUUAAACCAUCGGAGAAACAUUCCGUAGACAUGAACAACAAAGAGAACGAGAAAGCAGCUAUCGUCAUUCAGAGCUACUACAGAGGAUACACGAUCCGCAAAAUGAAGCUUACUCCUGAGCUGGAAGCCAAAACCAAGUACAUCUUAGGUAUUGCCAAGAAUCGCGUUGAGGCUCAGCGCAUGAUGCAGAAGGAGGGCUUCUCCAAGGAGGAUGCUGCGCGUAUAAUACAGAGAUUCUAUCGAACCCACAAGAGUAAAAACAGUAACAAGGAAGGCAGUCGAAAGAAGGGACCGGCUCCUCAACCAAGCAAACCUCUCUCGGCCAAAGAUCAACAGGUAGACCUCAUAGCCUUCUCUCAAAAUGUUCACAUGUUGAACCAAGAGAUUCACAAGAAUCUACGCGCCACCAAAACCGGAAUCCCACUGGAUGCCAUAGAAAAGCUCCCCAACGACUACAAACGACCGCCAGGUUUUGUGCUGGUGCCAGGUCUGCUCGGAACGGUCCCCGGUGGUGAGUUCACCAAGUACAGCUCGUUCCGUAGUUCUGGAGACUGUGAUCACGAAAUGACCAAGGAGCUGAUUCAAAGUCCGGUGGUUUCGCCAAAUGAAUUCGAGGACGUAUCCCCGUGGGACAUGCCGUUCUACGAGCUGGAACGGAAUCUCCGCUCGCAAAGACAACGGAACCUCCAGCAACAGCAACAGCACCAGCGGGUCGAUGUCAAUCGUAACGACAUCAUCGGUGACCGCAAAGUGGAGCUGAGCGAACGCAAACAGCAGCUGUCGAACAACUGGCACCAGGCAUUCCAGGGCAACGAGACCACCGUGCAGGACAAUAAAUUCAAGGGGAUGGUCAGAUCCAACAACCACCACAACAACGAACCGGCUCACAUCCGUCACAUACCGGCCUUCAGUUACCUGAACCCCAAUGGUCACCAAAUUCUGCGCUACUCACCGAACAACGUAGAGCAACAUUCACCGUCGCCAUCGUCCCGUGAUCAGUCGUAUCGCCAGCCGGAGUCCACGCCAAGCCCUUCCGCUGGUCAGGUCAAAGUCAAGAAGCAGAGUUCCAAGCAAGAGUACAAGCUGAAGGAGAAGGAGAACAAAGAGAAGAAGAAGAAAGAGAAAAAAGCGAAGAAGGACAAGGAGAAGGAAAAAUCUACGUCGCCCACUUCGGGAACGUCGUCCGCGUUGAGCAGUUCCGCUGAGAAACCACGAAAGGAGCCCAAGAAGAAAGCCCCCAUGCCAAUUCCGCAACCAAGUCAGCAAAUUGCUCAGAAGAGGAUAAUCGAUCACCACGAGUAUCAGAACAUUUCCGAGGAAACGAAGAUCGACAGCAAGAGUCCGGUUAUGCGAAUGUUCGGCGAUACAAACUUUCUGCUGAACCACCGAAGACGGGCACAGAAUCAAAAUCAGAAAGAAAGUGGUCUGAGCUGUGGACAAGGAGUAUGCGAACUGAUGAACGGAGUUUAUAGGUUUAGUCCUCACGUGACUUCAUUUGCUGAGUUGGAGUCUAACAAGGGUAGCAACCGAUCACAUCCCUCAACGAUGGAUGCCAAAGAGUAUCACCAUUUGAACGUUUCAAAGUAUUUGAAUAUCGACGUCAAAACGCCAAACCUAAGAACAGUCAAGCAUCAUCACCACAGGCAUCACAUGAGCUCAAACAGUAGCAGUUUGAGUAGUGGCAGCAGUGGUUCGAAUUCGUUGAACUCAUUUGAUUCGGUCGAACAGGCGAUCAUUUUCCAGAAGAACAAGAAUGCCGACUCAUACCUUGGGCCGUUCAACUUCCGACAGUUACUGAGGCCGACCCAAGGCCCUACGGAAUCUCUCCGCAAACGAAAAGGUAUUAAUCCACCGUCACCACCACCGUUGCAGCGAGGUAAAAGCUAAGAAGGAGAACAGGGAAUUUGAUUUUGAGAGAGAUGUCAAGUUUGGUUUAGUGCAUUUGGCUAUCGUUGUAUUUAUAGAAGCUUGAUAGAACGACUCGUUCCGUUUUCUUUGGAGAAUCAAUGAAACAACGUUGAUGAAUUCUUCUCGUUUGAAUGUAGACCAUAAAUAAUGAUCUCGUAGUUAGUAGAAGGCCAGACGUGGCUUGUUGGCUAAAGCUCCAUGGAUGUUGAUGGACGGCAUACCGCUGUUGAGAAUCGAUUUCUCAAAUCUCGUAAAAUGCGCAUCCUUGCACAUCUCGAUGGAGCGGCCGAAAAUUCGCCACUUGGAAAUUGGAACGAUUUAGGUCUAUCGAUAGCACCACGCUACUGCAGUUGCAGAAGACAAACUUUUCCGGCUGGAUUUUCCAGCCGCUCGGUUUUUCCCACCAUGCAUUGUACAUCCUGCGGCAGCAGUGGAUUUCCCGUUGAACGUUUUCGUUCCUCUCAAAUGAUAUUAAUUUUAUGUUUUCGAGGUUGCGGUUUGGAUUUGCUGUUUGAGAGGUAGUCGGUAGUACACGUAGAGGUAUGGUUUGACUUUCCUAUUUUCGCCAUCGUCGUCAUUAUCGUCGCCGACGGGCUUUCCGGUAGAAAGUAUGCUACUGCAAACGAAUGAGCUUUGGGCCUCUACUCGGCAUAAGAUCAACUUUUGCGUGGAUUUAUUCACUGCACGUCUUAUCUUUUGUUUCCGCCAAUUGGUGCAGUUCCACAUUCUCUCGUCUAAUGAAAAAUUCUCUAAAUAAAGUACGGCUUUUCUGUACGUUAUGCCAUUAUAUAGAGAACAAGGUGGCAGUCAUGAACCAAGACCACGUUCCAUGCCGUUCGAGAUUCUAAAGCUAUGCCAGAAUCAUAAUCCUUGAAAAAAUGGUUGCCUCAACCAUCAUCAAUCAUGUCCAUAAUUCUAAAUAAAUUGCCUCACUGACAGUUCUCGAAGGAACGAGGCUCAUGCGUAGAGUACAAAAAAAAUGCAAUCCAUUGGAGAGCCAUAUAGCCGAGACCCAAGGCUGCGCCAUUCGAGAAAGAAUGCCUCAUCGAGAUACGACACUGCACUUUCUGCCGGAAUAACUUUGCUCCAUUUCUUCAUCCUCCCACCCUUGUUCAUCUUAUCGCUUCUUCAUUCAUUUAACUUGAAGGCAGUUUUUAUAAUUUAUUAUCCAAACUAGUUAGUCCCAUCACACAACGCCUUUUGUAACCUAGAUUUAUCCUCAUUCAAUAUCGUUUCUUAGCACAGUAAGUUGCAAGCGCCAAGUAGAUGGAAAUAUUUUGGCCUUUGCCGACUUUGGCCGCUUGUCGUUAGGGAAACAUAGUUACUCUAGUUGAUACAAACUCACCAAGAAGAUUUAUGUAAAAUAAGAAAAUACAAAAAUGCUUCCCGAAAAAAAAAAGACUCACCACCUGACACCAAAAACUAGUGGAAUAAAGUACCAAGUCUUGUUACAUGUUGAGUUACAACCUUCGUGAAUCGUAAA